AUGAAUGAAGAAAAGCAAGCUCUAGUUAGAGAAUUACAUAAACCAGCUAGAAGAAAUUAUGCUAGGCGAAAAGUUGACAUACGAGCUAUCGAUGACACUUGGCAAGCCGACCUCGUGGAUAUGCUAACAUAUGCAAAGAAAAAUAGAAACUACAAAUACAUCUUAACGAUCAUUGAUAAUUUUUCUAAAUUCGCCUGGGCUGUUCCUGUAAAGAAUAAAUCUGGUGAAGAUAUUUCAACUGCAAUGAAUUUACAAGGCAGUUACAAAUGGUUAGACAUUUUGCAAGAUUUACUUUUCUCGUACAAUAACACUAAGCAUCAAACCAUUAAAAUGAAGCCAAAAGAUGUAAACAAAAAUAAUGAAAAGGCAAUUUUAUUUAAUGUAUAUAAAACAUUCGUUGCAAAAACUUCGAAAAAGAAACCGAAAUUUGAAAAAGAAGAUAAAGUUAGAAUAAGUAAACUUAAACAUAUUUUUGAGAAAGGUUACACACCCAACUGGACAACAGAAAUUUUUACAAUUGAUCGGGUAAACAAUACUACACCAGUCACAUACUUGCUCAGAGAUUAUCAAAAUAGACCUUUAGCUGGUAAUUUUUAUGAAGAAGAAAUUGCUAAGCUCCAAUAA